AUGCCUCUCAACCAAUCAGAGAGCUUAUAUCUCCGCGGAGGUGUCCUUCACUCGUCACAGGCCUGUACCGUGGCUUCCUCUCGCUAUAGGACCAAUAAUAGGCGGCUAUGUAGUAGAAAGAACUACCUAGAGAUAAACAUUCUGCGCCUGUGCUAUCGCGUGUUAUGUUGUUUUAUCUUGUCAGAGUCGUAUGGUCCCGUUCUCAAGAAAGCAUACGAUCAUAGUCAUGAACGCUCCCAGAUUGUUGCCGAGGCUCCAUCCUCAAGUCCAUCACAGCGAGCAUCUGACAAACUCGUCUUCAUCUUCAAAGGUCCCUGGGUUCGUCCUGCUGAAAUGCUCAUCCGGUCUCCCAUAGUCUUGCUAUUUGCCCUAUACACAACUGUCACACAAGGAUAUCUCCUUCUCGUCUGUGCAAUUCUUGGGCUCGUCUAUCAGGAGAAUUACCAUUUCUCCCCUGGGUCCAGCGGUCUCGCCUACCUGGGCCUCGCCUCUGGAUUGACUUUCACUCAACUCACCAUCGGCCAACUUUCCGACAAGUAUAUAGCCCGAAUAUCGCGCCUCUAUGGGGCUCAUAAGCCGGAAGACCGUCUCCCGCCACUCUUUAUUGGAGCUCUGAUAAUCCCCGUCGGCCUGCUCAUGUACGGCUGGGGUACUCACACGCAUUGGAUUGUACCCAUACUCGGGAGCGGCCUUUUUGCCAUCGGCUACAUGUGCACUUAUCUACCUAUUAUGAUGUAUUUGAUAGAUACAUACACGCAGUACGCUGCGAGUGCAGUGGCAGCUUGCACAGUAUUGAGAUCAAUCUGCUCGGCCAUCUUGCCACUUGCAGCGAAUCCGCUCUACAAGCGGCUAGGGUACGAUUGGGGCAACAGUUUGCUAGCUUUUGUCGCUCUGGCCUUUUUCCCAUGCACCGUGGUGUUGGCUAGAUAUGGGGAGAGAAUCAGGGUGAGAUAUGAACCAGAAUUAAAAUCUACUUAG